AUGGAUGAAGGUAAUAAAUAUCUCAAGACAUGGACUGACAUGAAAUAUAAUUUAAAGAAAAAAGCGGCGGAAAUUAAAAAGGAGCAAACUAAAACAGGAGGUGGUUUAGGAGUUACGAAAUUGCCAAAAUCUUAUUCAACAUUUCCCUUAAUUCCACCAAUUGAUGAAAACAGAAAUGAACCAUCCACUCCAAAAUUGAUUGAUGAAAAUAUGUGCCACAUCACACGUGAACACUUAAAAAAGGCUUUGGAGUCAUCUUGUUCUGUCAGUGGAUGUUCAGAAUCCUAUUUAUUAAGAGAUGAUAUACAGAGGAAUCCAAAUAACAUUAACACAGUUUUAUCUGAGGUUUUAGUUCCUCACUUGGAACAGACUCUCGGAGGUAGACUUCCAGAUCUUUCUGUUUUCUCAACCAAGGAACAAAAUGGGAGUUCAAAAAACGAUACAGGCAAGGACGCAACCAACGACUACCCAUAUUCUCCCAAGAAAAGGAGAGGUAAAGAUUCAGUUGAAGAAAAUCCUUAUUCAGAGACAAUUGAGAUUUUUAAAAAAAUUGAAAGCACAUUGGAGACUAAUUUGAGUGAGAUUUCAAAUUCUGUUAAAAAAAUAGCAGAAAAUGCAUCUAAAAAACACUGCCAAUGCUGUUUCUGUACGAAAAACGAGAAAUGA